GAGACUAAUCUUUUUUCUUUUGUCUCUCUGUUGAUGCGCAAACGCGAAGAAGAAGAUUAUCUUCUCAGUCACUACUCACUGCUGGAACCUAAUGGAGUCUUUAUCUCUUCCCGUUCUAAAUCCUCUAUUAGCUUCUCGUUCCAAUCUUUACAAAAACCAGAGCUCGAGAAUGACCUCUCCACUUAAUAAUUUCCCCAGAGGAUGCAGCACAUCCCUUUCCACUGUUCGCCGCCUUAGAGUAGGUGUUGUUAGGAUGCAAGCUGUUGAUGAAGAUAUUGAUCUGAAGCAAAUGAGAGACAUGGCUGCUGCUAAAAAGCGUUGGGAUGGUUUGUUAAGGGAAGGAAAAGUGAAGCUUCUUACACCAAGAGAAGCAGGCUAUGCUAUUUCUCUUUCAAACAAACCUCUUCUUGAUGUCCGCCCCUCUAGCGAGCGCAACAAGUAUUUAACACUUAUAAGAACCAUUGAUAAUCUUGCCGAAAUGGGCUUGGGCCGAACUUUUAAAUCCCCUGAUGUGGAGCCGGUUUAUGAACCUCCAAUCGAAAUUUUCUAA